UCCAACUCCCAUCGCCGCCGUCUCCUUGAACGGCCCCGAGUACUGGUAAUUCUAGUAUCGACCUGCGCAUCCGGGGUGCCUCACCGCCGAUAGCGUCAUUCGCUUCUUGUCUCGGAUCAAUCCGCGGGAGUCCAGUGUCUCUUGGGUCUCGACCUUUGAGUUGGGGAUACUCCACUUCUUGACUCUCGCUCGCUCGUCGCUCGCUCGCUCGAUAACCUGGUCAUUCCGCUUUGGGUGUCGGAGGCAGAAAAAGGCCAACCGCGCCGGAGUAAUUCCUUAUUGUUCUUUUCUUGCGCUCGCUUCCACUCGUCCCGUUUGUCCCACUGCCUUUGUUCGUUCCUUUAGACUUAAUUCGAGGGAUUCGACGGUGGUCAGAGGGCGGCCGGUAACAUGAGCGCGAGGCCAAGUCAGCGGAACAUCAAGUGGGUUGAGGGUCUCCGAGGCCUCACCUCCGUGCUCGUCAUCGUCACCCACAUCGCGCGAGCGUUUGAUUACCCCCUGUUCUUCCCGGCCGACAACGAGCAUGCGGCCCCGAGGCUGCUGCAGCUGCCUUACCUGCGAAUACCAUGGCAGGGCCGCAUUGGCGUGCCCAUAUUCGCCUUCCUGACCGGCUUCGUGUGUGCUUACAAGCCCCUGAAGCUCGCUUACCAGCAGGGCAAUGCGCCCGCCGCGCUCAAGUCGGUCGCCCGGAGCGCCUUCCGCCGCCCGCCACGGCUCGUGCUCCCCGCCUUGAUCGCGACCUUCAUCAGCUUCGUCCUGUCGGUCUUGGGCGGCUACAAGACGGCGAACCGGUGUGAUAACUACUGGGUCCGCUUCGACGCGCCCGACGACAUUCCGUUCGCGGACAACGUGAGGCGGCUCUUCGCCAGCGCGCUCACCACGUGGACGAACACGGAGAACCAAUAUGACAGGCACCAGUGGGCCAUGCGCCCGCUGCUGAUCGGGGCGUUCCAGGUCUACAUCGUGCUGGCGGCCACCAUCGGGAUGCGGUUCAAGUACCGGAUGCUGGUGCAUGUGCUCCUCAUCACGUACUGGCUGAUGAACGUCAACGCCCUGACAGAAACGUUCGGCGCCAUGCUCGCCCUCGGCACCCUCCUCGCCGAGCUCGCGCAGCACCGACCGACGCAAAACUACAUCUCCUCCCACCAGCGCCUGCUCACCUUCGUCGUGGUCCCCAUCAUCCUCUUAAUCGGCGGCUUCGUCGGCUCCUACCCGGCCGAGCACGACGACUGGGCCGGCUGGUCCCGGACGCUCCGCCGCAUCCUGGUCGACCCGGCCGGCGACCAGAGCCGCGGCAGCAUCGUGGUGCCCAAGGGGUCCGACGUGCUGCGGCGCACGUCGGCCUUCUUCAUCAUGUGCGUGUCCGUGUCGCUCUUCCUGGCGCCGGUGCUGCAGAAGCUGCUCUCGCACCCCCUGCUGCUCUGGCUCGGCCACCACUCGUUCGCCGUCUACCUCGUGCACGGCACCAUCCUGCGCACCGUCGGCAUCUGGAUCGUGUACGGCAUCACCGGCGAGCCGUGGGAGCCGGCCGGCCACAACGAGGACGGCUCGCCCCGCCAGCAGGAGUGGCUCCAGCCCCGCGGCGGCGCGCACAAGCUCGUCGCCAUCGUCGUCUUCACCGCCCUGACCUACACCGCCGCCUGGGCGUGGAUGAAGUGGGUCGACACCGCCUGCGCCCGCGCGACCCAGUGGCUCGAGAACAAGGUGUUCAGCGACGACGACGACGACCUCGCCGGCGCCGGCGCCGACGGCAAGGCCUCCCUGGCCGAGAAGGGCUACGGCCCCAUGGCCAACGGCAACGGCAACGGCGCCGCGCCCCGGCCGUACCACGACGCUGACCGCUCCCAGCCCCCGCCGUGAUUAUGGCAUCCGUUUGCCGUUCGUUUCCAGACCCACGCCGGUACCUCCUAAUCAGCCUACCAACAACCAACCUACCUACCUACCUACUUCCGUAUAUUUCCGAAACAACUUUUCUACCCUCACGACCGAAAAGAAACACGACGAUAUAUAUCUCCCGUCUUCUGUGUCGGUCUCGGUUUCUGGAUAAGAUACCUACUCCUCGGGGCAUUUGGUGGCAUUGCAUGCAACCUUUCUUAUAUAGGCGAACCAAAUCAACCGGGUACUUUCCUUUUCCUUCUUUUGUUUAUUUUCUCCUUUGCUUCCUAUUGUUCUUCCCUUUCUCUCCGUUGCUGUGCCUCCUAUAUCGUCGUAUAUACAGAAUACCCGGUUUGGAAAGCGGCUGUUACCUACGGUCCCUAGUCAGCUCAAAAGGGUGUUAGGAGUCGGGGGAAGAGAAGAGGUGUAAAUCCCCAAUGCUUUUGUGUGGUGGGCGCGCUGGUGGUGACUGCAGACUGCUGGGAGGGGAGGGAAGGUGGGAAGGCCAGGGAGACUGGGACAGAGUCCAGGGGCA